CCAUGUUGUCCCUGUGACGUCAUCACACGGCGCCAGUCCGCAACACAAUAAAACAGCCGAGAGCCCGCGUUACCUUCGCAGUUUUUUGAGGGAAGAAAAUGAAGGCAAAACGCGCCUUACACUUCGUCUUCAAAGUCGGCGACCGAGCUCAGACUAUCCGUUUCUACCGAGAGCUACUGGGCAUGCGCGUCCUAAGGCAUGAAGAAUUUGAAGAAGGUUGCAAGGCCUCGUGCAACGGCCCGUAUGAUGGCAAAUGGAGUAAAACCAUGGUGGGCUAUGGUCCGGAGGAUGAUCACUUCGUUGCAGAACUAACUUACAAUUAUGGCGUUGGGAAUUACCAUCUUGGCAAUGAUUUUCUGGGGAUGACUGUUACAUCGAGUCAGGCUGUGAAUAAUGCCAGAAAACUGCAGUGGCCACUGAAGGAGACCUCAGGAGGCAUCUAUGAAACGGAAGCCCCAGGAGGAUAUAAGUUCUUCCUGGAAGACAAAGAGCGACCCAAAGAAGAUCCGGUGCUGAAGGUGACUCUGGCUGUGUCCAGCCUGCCGAAAUCCGUGGAUUACUGGUCCAAGUUGCUGGGCAUGAAAGUGUAUGAGAAGGACGAAGGCAAGCAGAAAGUUUUGCUUGGCUACGCCAAUAACCAGUGUAAACUUGAGCUGCAAGGCAUUGGCCAUGCUGUGAACCACGGCACGGCCUUUGGACGAAUUGCCUUCUCUUGCCCAAAGGAAGAGUUACCUGACAUUGAAGCCUUAAUGAUAAAGGAGAACCAGAAGAUUUUGACGCCUCUGGUGAGCCUGGACACGCCCGGAAAGGCAACAGUGCAAGUUGUUAUCUUGGCUGAUCCUGAUGGCCACGAAAUAUGUUUUGUUGGGGACGAGGCCUUUAGGGAACUUUCCAAGGUGGACCCAAACGGCGAGAAGCUCUUGGAUGAGGCGAUGGCGGCCGAUAAAAGCCACGAGUGGUUUGCCGAACAUAACCUCUCCAAGCCUUCAGCGUAACCCCCAGGGAUCUGCUAGUGCUUGGUUCUCUCUGGGCCCGGAGAUCCCACCUUCACGGUAUUGCCCGAUUCCUUUCUUUUCGGUGUACUUUUCCUGCCUCCUCUUGGACUUGUUCUGCCUCUUCUGGGUCCUGCAGCAUUUUGCAUUGGGGGGUCAGUAGGUGCUCCCGCUAACGCAGUUGUGGCUACUACGUGUCUUCACUUGCUGGAGUUUUGCACACUUUCUUUUCUUGUUCAGCUGGGAAAGCACCAGAUUGUUGAACUGUUGCCAGGAAAUUACUUGAACUGAUUGCAGGAGAGACCUCGACCUGCCCAGGCCUGCAUGUAAAAAACUGAGUUUUUUUUUUUCUUCAAACCCUUCAUACUAAUUCCAGCAAAUUUGUAUUCCACCUGGCUAAAUGUGGCUUGAACUUUGGGCAGACAGCACCACGUUUUGGGGGGGGGGCACUGAUUCAAUGUGGUAUAUCCCAGCCUGGCCAUAAAGGGGCCAAGGCAUUGAUUGCAUCGUCACAACUGCCAUCAUGACUUUUUUGACCCCCCCCAUGCCCCUCUUGGCUCUUUUUCUCUCCCUCCCCCUCCCCCCAAGCAUUAGUACAUGUUUCAUCAAACUCAAGAUUUAUGAGCAAUAUAUUCAGCUCAAAGAAGACACAUACACUAAACCUGGUUUAGAGGCCAAUUGGGGAGGAAAAACUGGUAUUGGGAAUUGCACUGCCUGCGAAAUGUCGAAUGUGAGAUCUAUAGAAUAAAAAAAACCCUAAAAAGUG